CCUCCCUUCAGUCUUGCACAGGUGUACCGGCUCCCCUUCUGUCCCUUGUACUGGCUCCUCCCCUUCAGUCUUGCACAGGUGUACCGGCUCCUCCCCUUCAGUCUUGCACAGGUGUACCGGCUCCUCCCCUUCUGUCUUGCACAGGUGUACCGGCUCCUCCCCUUCAGUCUUGCACAGGUGUACCGGCUCCUUCCCUUCAGUCUUGCACAGGUGUACCGGCUCCUCCCUUUCAGUCUUGCACAGGUGUACGGCUCCUCCCCUUCUGUCUUGCACAGGUGUACCGCCUCCUCCCCUUCAGUCUUGCACAGGUGUACCGGCUCCUCCCCUUCAGUCUUUCACAGGUGUACCGGCUCCUCCCCUUCUGUCUUACACAGGUGUACCGGCUCCUCCCCUUCAGUCUUGCACAGGUGUACCGGCUCCUCCCCUUCAGUCUCACACAGGUGU